AUGGGAGGAGCAUUCGGAGACAUCGACUUCACCGGGCUGGAGUUGACAUCAGGGCUGGACGGUUUGGGGUUUACGUACAACUCUCGACUCUCACCUAUCCCUCAGGACGCACCGCUCUCGGCCAUUGAUUGGUUCCGCCAGCAUGAUGGCCGCACUGUUGGCUCUAUGGACGCUCCGUACCAAUCGUCCGGCUUGCAAUCACUUUUCCCUGGUACCGAUAGUCCUCGUUUGCCUGUCGACAACACCAUGCGACCAUUCGGGGAGUCAGAAAGCGCUGGCUAUGACCAACAGAUGUUACUCGAUAGUGGUGCGCCUAGCAUUCCCGGUGCCACUCAAUUUGCUGCGCAGGCAGAAGCUACUAUGCUCACUCCAGUCAUAACCGACAAAACCUCGGUCUCAUCGCAGUCAACGCAUCCUCGAGGAGCGCCUAUACUUAGGAAGCUACCUAAGGCUCCUUACGCUACGUUAUAA